AUGUCUAGCAAAUCAGUCUCUUCCCUUUACUUCCCAGAAGAACCAAAAGAACCAGUGGUUGUUGAUUCACACGCUAAAAGCAAUGAAAUUGCUGACCGUUUAGGUAAAGUCUUUGACAACCGUGGUGUCUAUUUUGUUGCAGAUUAUCAAAAAUCAGUUGGUAACUACAUUGCUGAUGUCGAUGGAAACGUUUACUUGGAUGUUUAUGCUCAAAUUGCAUCUAUCCCAUUAGGUUACAACAAUCCUGCCUUAAUUGAAACCGCCAAAUCCGACAAGAUGAUCAGAGCUAUUGUUGACAGACCAGCCAUUGGUAAUUUCCCAGGCAAAGACACCGAUGAGAUUGUUGCUGAAAUUCUCAAAGUUGCUCCAAAAGGCCAAGAUAAAGUCUGGUCUGGUUUGUCUGGUGCUGAUGCCAACGAAUUAGCCUUCAAAGCUGCUUUCUUUUAUUACCAAGCCAAGAAGAGAGGUUACACCACACAAUUUUCUGAAGAAGAGAUGAAGUCAGUUAUGCAAAAUGAAGCUCCAGGUUCCCCAGAAUUGGCUAUUUUGUCAUUCGAAAGAGGUUUCCACGGUAGAUUGUUUGCCUCAGGCUCUACCACCUGUUCCAAACCAAUACACAAAUUGGAUAUGCCAUCCUUUAAAUGGCCAAAGGCUCAAUUCCCAUCUUACAAAUACCCAUUGGAUAAGUAUGCCGAAGAAAACAAGAAGGAGGAUGAAAGAUGCUUAAAGAUUGUUGACGAUAUCAUCCAAAACAACAAGAUUCCUGUUGCCGCUGUGUUGGUUGAGCCAAUCCAAUCCGAAGGUGGUGAUAACCAUGCUUCUGCUGAAUUUUUCCAGGGUUUAAGAGACAUCACUUUAAAGCAUGGUUCAUUGUUGAUCAUGGAUGAAGUUCAAACUGGUGUCGGUGCCACUGGUGUCAUGUGGGCCCACGAAAGAUUCAACUUGCAACCACCUCCAGAUUUGGUCACUUUCUCUAAGAAAUUCCAAUCAGCUGGUUACUUCUUCCACGACCCAGAAAUAAUUCCAAACUUUGCUUACAGACAAUUCAACACCUGGUGUGGUGACCCAGCUAGAAUGAUUUUGGCUGGUGCCAUUGGACAAGAAAUUCUCAAACACGAUUUAGUUAAGAGAGCAGCCGAAGUUGGUGACUACUUGUUCAAAAAAUUGGAACAAUUGCAAGAAAAAUACCCUAAAUAUAUUAAAGACCUUAGAGGAAAGGAUAGAGCUACUUUCAUUGCCUGGUCUUUAGAAAGUGGUGAAGCAAGAAACAAGUUCUUGAGUGACAUGAAGACUGUUGGUGUCAAUAUUGGUGGUUGUGCUGAAGACUCUGUUAGAUUAAGACCUACUUUGGUUUUUGAAGAAAAACAUGCUGAUAUCUUAGUUAACGCCAUUGACAAAUUAUUAGCCAGCUACUAA